AUGUUCUCUGCCAACAACCUGAUACGCCGGACCCAUAGAACCACGAUGAGAAUUGGGUGCAAGGUUCUCCUUUGCACCAUCGCAUCUGUGACCGUUCCAGUUCGAUCUCUAUCGACGGCGUCUUCCUCCAAAUAUGUUGGGGCACUCGACCAGGGAACCUCCAGCACAAGAUUUGUCAUCUUUGACCAAAAGGGUGAAGUAGUUUCGAAAUACCAAAAGGAACACGUACAGUAUUAUCCCAAGUCAGGAUGGGUAGAACACAAGGCGGAAGAAAUCUUUCAAAAUUCAGUGGAUUGUAUCACCAAUGCCAUGAAGCAAGCCAAAUUGAACCCAGAAGAUGUGUCGUCGAUUGGAAUUACCAAUCAACGAGAGACGACAGUGGUUUGGGAUAAAGUGACAGGAGAGCCUUUGCACAAUGCUAUUGUUUGGAACUGUGCUCGCACUAGUGGUAUUGUCUCCAAAUUUCAAUCCAAGUGUGGCGGUGUGGACGGACUUCGAGAGAAGACUGGCCUGCCGAUAUCUACCUAUUUUUCGGCUACGAAACUUUGUUGGUUGAUGGAAAAUGUCCCUGGAUUGAAGAAAAAGGCGGAGGCUGGUGAUGUUCUCUUUGGAACCAUUGACUGCUACCUGACAUGGAGACUGAAUGGAGGCACACAUCAUGUUACGGACAUUACCAAUGCGGCUAGAACCUUGUUAGUGAAUAUCAAUUCCCUGGAGUGGGACGACUUUCUCUUGGAAACCUUUGACGUGCCUGCUUGCAUGUUGCCAUCGAUUGAACCUUCCAUUGGAGGAGAGUUUGGUGUCAUCAACCAGUGCCCGGCACUCGAUGGAGUUCCCAUUGGUGCCAUUCUUGGAGAUCAGCAUGCGGCUACCUUUGGGCAAGCAUGUUUCAACGUUGGAGAUGCAAAGUGUACCUUUGGAACCGGUGCCUUUAUCAUGAUGAAUAUGGGAUCAGGCAGUCCUGUGGUUUCUAAGCAAGGUCUACUGACGACACCCUUUUAUCAAAUCAAGGGACAGCCACCAGUGUAUGCCCUGGAAGGGGCUGUUGCUGUUGCCGGGAGUCUCAUCCAGUGGUUGCGCGACAAUUUAGAAAUCGGUUCGUCAGCUGAGGAAAUUGCCAAAUUGGCCGCUUCCGUCAAGGAUGCAGAAGGAAUCCGCUUUGUUCCAGCCUUCAAUGGACUCUUCGCGCCUCAUUGGCGAGAAGACGCCAGAGGAACGAUUUGUGGAUUGACUUUUUACCAUACCAAGGCACAUCUUGCACGAGCCGCCAUUGAUGCUGCCUCCUUCCAAACGGCUGAAGUCUUUGAUGCCAUGAAGGCCGAUUCUGGAAUUGAACUGUCCGCACUCAAAGUGGAUGGUGGAAUGACUGCCAACCCGCAACUCUUGGAGUUUCUAGCGGACAUUUUGGGAACCAAAGUCCUGAUGCCGAAGAAUCUGGAGACAACCGCUGCAGGUGUUGCCUUUGCGGCAGGCCUGAGCAGUGGUGUGUGGGACUCCCUCGAUCAAGUAGCUGACCUGUGGGUCGAAGCCAAGCAAGUAGACCAGAGCAUUGAUGAUGAUGAGAGGUCUAAUCUGAAAGCUUCUUGGCGAAAAGCCAUCGAUCGUUCUUUGGGUUGGGAACAAUAG